UGGGGUUUUCUGUGGUGUUUGGCUGAUAUAGGGCAGUUACUAUCUAAAAGUUGUCUAUCUUGCUCGAGGCAGCAAGCUUUUGUUGGAGCCUUUUUCGUCUGUGCUUGUUGGCAUCUCCAGGUUCUUCCGUUCCAAGUGAGGCAAAAAGAAAAUGCAGGCCACUCACCAUGGUGUCCUUCCUCCAGGCCUGAGGCCCCUCACUGGUCUGCCUUCUUCACUCCGCCUUUCAGAGUCCUCUCUUGUUUGUUUUACAUAUCACGUGCAGGGGUUUUUGUUGUGCACAGCAGGUGGAAUAGGGAAAGGUGUGUCUACCGCAUCCUCCUGGAAGUGGAAGUGGUUGGGAGAAAUUAGAGGAUUGGGUUGAAGCCAGUGUGUGAAGGGCCUUCACGCCAGGGGUUUGACUCUGUAGGUGGCAGGAGGGAUGUUGGAGGUUCAACUCUGCAGCAGUGUGGAGGGAUGGGGAGGGGAGUGGCAGAGAGACCCGGAGGCUGGUGCCUGGGCCCAGGGAGGUGAGGAUGCAUUUCUGGACUGCGACAGCAGACGUGGGGCAGAAAGGAAGAAGGGAGAGUCCAUGCGGGCCACAAGGAAGUCCGAGGACCAGGUGGUGCUGGCUAGAGUGCAUGCUUUUGGACCCAAGCUUAACUUUUCAAAUGUGGAAUGCUAGGCCUUCAUUGGUUUCUGGAAGAAGUUGACUGCCUGAAAGGAAGCGACAAAACAUGAAAAUUGCUUUGAGGUGACCAACAAGUCCAGUGGCCCCUUGCUUCUCCCAAGGUGGAUCUGGGGUUUAAGAACCGUAACUUCAGAUGAGGAAACUCGGGCCCAGAGAGUGGGAGUGACAGCCCCAGUCACGUCACUUGGAGCUGGACCCCGACAGCGGGCAGUGCACGGCCACCUUCAACUGGGUUUGCAGUUGGAGUCCCUUGCAAGAGCCACCCUGGUCGUCCUCCACCUUAGAAGAGCACGUAGAAAUAAACGUGCCUCUGUGCCUCCUUGUACCUAUUCCAGACUCCAAUGGCCGAACAGAGAAUGGACAUUUCUUCAACUAUCAGCGACUUCAUGUCCCCAGGUGCCACCGACCUCCUCUCCAGCCCCCUGGGCACCGGUGGCAUGGAUUGCAACCGGAAACGCAAGGGCAGCUCCACGGACUACCAAGAAAGCAUGGACACAGACAAAGACGACCCUCAUGGAAGGUUAGAAUACACAGAGCACCAAGGAAGGAUCAAAAAUGCAAGGGAAGCUCACAGCCAGAUUGAAAAGAGGCGUCGGGAUAAAAUGAACAGUUUUAUUGAUGAACUGGCUUCUUUGGUACCAACGUGCAACGCGAUGUCCAGGAAAUUAGAUAAACUUACCGUGCUGAGGAUGGCUGUUCAGCACAUGAAAACAUUACGAGGUGCCACCAAUCCAUACACAGAAGCAAACUACAAACCGACUUUUCUCUCAGAUGAUGAAUUGAAACACCUUAUUCUCAGGGCAGCAGAUGGAUUUUUGUUUGUCGUAGGAUGUGACCGAGGGAAGAUCCUCUUUGUGUCAGAGUCUGUCUUCAAGAUCCUCAACUACAGCCAGAAUGAUCUGAUUGGUCAGAGUUUAUUUGACUACCUGCAUCCUAAAGAUAUCGCCAAAGUCAAGGAGCAGCUCUCCUCCUCUGACACUGCACCCCGGGAGCGGCUCAUAGAUGCAAAAACUGGACUUCCAGUUAAAACAGAUAUAACCCCUGGGCCAUCUCGAUUAUGUUCUGGAGCACGGCGUUCUUUCUUCUGUAGGAUGAAGUGUAACAGGCCUUCCGUAAAGGUUGAAGACAAGGAUUUCCCCUCCACCUGCUCAAAGAAAAAAGCAGAUCGAAAAAGCUUCUGCACAAUCCACAGCACAGGCUAUUUGAAAAGUUGGCCGCCCACAAAAAUGGGGCUGGACGAAGACAACGAACCAGACAACGAGGGGUGUAAUCUCAGCUGCCUUGUCGCCAUCGGACGACUGCACUCUCACAUGGUUCCACAACCGGCGAACGGGGAAAUCAGGGUGAAAUCUAUGGAAUAUGUCUCUCGGCAUGCAAUAGAUGGGAAGUUUGUUUUUGUAGACCAGAGGGCAACAGCUAUUUUGGCAUAUUUACCACAAGAACUUCUAGGCACCUCAUGUUACGAAUAUUUUCACCAAGAUGACAUAGGACAUCUCGCAGAAUGUCAUAGGCAAGUUUUACAGACAAGAGAAAAGAUUACAACUAAUUGCUAUAAGUUUAAAAUCAAAGAUGGUUCUUUCAUCACACUACGGAGUCGGUGGUUCAGUUUCAUGAACCCUUGGACCAAGGAAGUAGAAUACAUUGUCUCCACCAACACCGUUGUUUUAGCCAACGUCCUGGAAGGCGGGGACCCAAGCUUCCCUCAGCCCACAGCAUCCCCCCGCAGCAUGGACAGCACGCUGCCCUCUGGAGAAGAUUCCUCUGUUGUAGGUGGCCCAAAGAGGACCCACCCCACUGUUCCAGGGAUUCCAGGGGGAACCAGGGCUGGGGCAGGAAAAAUAGGUCGAAUGAUUGCUGAGGAAAUCAUGGAAAUCCACAGGAUAAGAGGGUCAUCGCCUUCCAGCUGUGGCUCCAGCCCACUGAACAUCACAAGUACACCUCCCCCUGAUGCCUCUUCUCCAGGAGGCAAGAAGAUUUUAAAUGGAGGGACUCCAGACAUUCCUUCCAGUGGCCUACUACCAGGGCAGGCUCAGGAGAACCCAGGUUAUCCAUAUUCUGAUAGCUCUUCUAUUCUUGGUGAGAACCCUCACAUAGGCAUAGAUAUGAUAGACAAUGAUCAAGGCUCAAGCAGUCCCAGUAAUGAUGAAGCAGCAAUGGCUGUCAUAAUGAGCCUCUUGGAAGCAGAUGCUGGGCUCGGUGGUCCUGUUGACUUUAGCGACUUGCCAUGGCCGCUGUAAACACUACAUGUUGCUUUGGCGACAGCUACAGUAUCAAAGUGCAUUACUGAUGGAGUUAUACAGUCUGUGAAGCUUACCGGAUAAGGAGAGAACAGCUUUUAUGUACUGUCUUCAUAAAAGCCAUCUCAGAGCCAUUGAUACAAGUCAAUCUUACUAUGUGUAACUUCAGACAAAGUGGAACUAAGCCUGCUCCAGUGUUUCCUCAUCAUUGAUGAUUAUUGGGCUAGCUGUGGAUAGCUUGCAUUAAUUGUAUAUUUUGGAUUCUGUUUGUGUUGAAUUUUUUAAUCAAUCAUUGUGCACAGAAGCAUCAUUGGUAGCUUUUAUAUGCAGAUGGUCAUUUCAGAUGUAUGGUGUUUUUACACUACAAAGAAGUUCCCCACGUGGAUAUUUCUUAUACUAAUUGUAUCAUAAAACCGUUUAUUCUUCCUUGUAAGAAUCCUUUACUAUAAAUAUGGGUUAAAGUAUAAUGUAUUAGUUAAAUAUUUUUAAUAAAUGUUUCCCUUGUUCUAUAAAUAUCGUUCACAUUUCAAAUAAUUAGAAAAAUCCUACAGGGAAAAAAAUGCCAUAGGGCUGGAUCAUCAAUUUUCCAUGGUGGGUGUGUGUUUAAGGAUGAGCCACACCAAAAGCAUUUACAGUGCUUUUCUGGCCUUCAUAACAAUUCUAGGGCAUACAUAAUUUCCCUGUUACUAGUUUAGCUGUACUGUAUUUUUGCUAUACUGUAAUUUCAGUUUCUGUGAGAGCAAAGAAAGAUGUUACUGCUUAAACACAAACUGCAAAUCCUCUGAAAUUUUACAAAAUCAAGAUUAGAUAGAACAGACUGGCUUCUCUAAUGUACAACUCCUCUACUACUCACAGCUGUAUGGCUUCAAACAGUAAGUGACCCUGGACCCAAAGCACCUAAAUACUUCUGAUUUCUUCAUGAAUUGGGCCACGGAAUAUUAACAAAACAAAACAAAAACAUUUUCAUGAAAAAUUUGCUAGGCAGAACAUCACAGUAUAAUGGAGAAAACACUGAACCAGUGUCAGAAUUUGGCUCUGAAACUUACUUAAGGUUACUGUAGGACCUAGUAAAGGUAUUUCAUC